AUGGCUGCAAUGAUCGAGAAGUUGCCACCUUCGUGGAGCGACUUUAAGAAUUAUCUAAAGCACAAACGUAAGGAAAUAAAGCUUGAAGAUCUUGUGAUUCGGCUCAAGAUUGAGGAAGAUAACAAGACCGCCGAAAAGAAGUCUUGUAAGAGUUCGACAAUAAUUGGAGUUAAUAUUGUUGAAGAAGCUCCUACUAAAGGUUCCACUCGACAUAUUUGCUCUGCGAAAGAAGCCUUUGCAACGUACACUUCUGCUGAGUUCAAUGAAGAUUUGUUCAUGGGGAACACAACAACAAGGAUUGCAGGAACUGGGAAAGUUAUGUUGAAGAUGACAUCCGGCAAGGUGUUGACUCUAAACAACUUUCUGCGCGUUCCUACUAUUAGGAAGAAUUUAGUUUCUAUUGCACUGCUUGUUAAGAACGGGUUUAAGUGUGUCCUAGUUAGUAACAAAGUUGUAAUAAGUAAGAAUGAGAUGUUCUUAGAAAAGGGCUACCUCACUGAGGGCCUCUUCAAAUUGAAUGUAAUGGUUGUUGACAGUACUAAUAAGAAUUUUGCUUCUGUUUACUUAUUGGUAGUCAAAUGA